AUGUCUGUCGAUUACCUCUUGCACGAAAACCCGGUUGGGUAUGCAAUCUUCAAGGUUGUUCUUCAAGCCGACACCAUCGGAAACCGCUUGAAAGAAGUCCAAGCCAGUGUCCAGAACCUCGAAACCUUUGGAAAGAUGGUGGAGCUGGUCGGCUUGGCCCCAUUUGAGGGCACUCAUGCUGCUUUGCAAGAAAUCAAUGAUAUCUCCGAGGGGAUCUUGUCUGAUUUCCUGCGCGCCACCCUGGAAACGAAUCUCCCGAAGGCUGGAAAAAAGAAGACGAUCACGCUAGGGCUGUCGGAGAAGAAUCUUGCCGGCAGCAUCAAAGCUGUAUUCCCCAAUCUGGCUUGCGAAACUAGUGAGACAAGUGAAGUCGUAGCAGAUCUCCUCCGAGGUCUUCGUCAGCACGCUCAGAAAUUGAUCAAAAAACUGCAGCCAGGCGACAUUGACAGAUCCGUCUUGGGCCUCGGUCAUGCUUACUCAAGAGCGAAAGUGAAGUUCUCUGUGCAGAAGAACGACAAUCACAUCAUCCAGGCCAUUGCUACCCUUGAUCAAAUUGACAAAGUAGAUCUGAAUACAUUCUGCAUGCGAUUGCGAGAAAACUAUGGAUGGCAUUUCCCAGAACUUGCGAAAAUCGUUUCAAGUAAUGAGACUUACGCACAACUUGUUCUAACCAUUGGAGACAAGUCCCGUCUGACUGAGGAUGAUCUUCACGAACUUGCCGCUGCAGUAAGUGACGACGAGGGUGUGGCCCAGGCAAUUAUCAAUGCUGCAAGGACAAGCAUGGGCCGAGACCUCUCGGAAGCCGACAUGGACAACGUAAUGGCGUUCGCCAAACGCACGGCAUCUCUUGCGGCCUAUCGAAGAACUCUCGCCAACUAUCUCUCAUCCAAGAUGGGCACUGUGGCCCCUAAUCUUGCAGCACUCAUUGGCGACACUGUUGGAGCUCGACUCAUCUCCAAAGCUGGUUCACUGACAAACCUGUCAAAAUAUCCUGCUUCAACUGUGCAAAUUCUCGGCGCCGAAAAGGCUUUGUUCAGAGCACUCAAGACGAAGGGCAACACUCCAAAAUAUGGAUUGAUUUACCAUUCAUCUUUCAUCGGAAAGACGGGUGCCAAGUCGAAGGGGAGAAUAUCCCGCUUCCUAGCCAAUAAGUGCUCGAUUGCGUCAAGGAUCGACAACUUCUCAGAUAUACCGACGUCCAAAUUUGGUGAAGCUUUGAAACGGCAGGUCGAAGAACGAAUUGAAUUCUACGCGACUGGCGCAGCACCUGCGAAGAACUCGACAGUAAUGCAAAAUGCUAUGGAUGAAGUUAUGGCAGAUCUCGAAGUCGACGGUCCGACCAAUGGGGCCGCUGAAGACGUUGAGAUGGUCGGCGGCAUCACUGCGAAAGCUACUGAGCAAACUGUGCGCCAGAAGAAGUCCAAGAAGGAGAAGAAGACCGAACCUGGACCGGACGCGGAAGAAGUAGUCGUCGAGAAAAAGUCUAAGAAGAAGAAGAGCGACGUGGACAGCGCUAUCUCGGAGAAGAAGAGGAAGCAUACCGACGAAGUGGACGGGGAGAGUAAGAAGAAAAAGAAGAAGAGUAAGAGCGCUUGA